AACUGCAUCCUUUUUAAUAAUUUAACUAUUUAAAACAAUGAAAAUAAAAAUGAUAAAAAUAAAACAAAAGAAAGUAGAUGCUUUGGUUUCCUUCAUGUAUCAAAUAAAAUGACACGAUUCCACUUCUGAAAUUAUUUGAUUCACACGUUCAGCCUCUAACUUUUUCACUUCUGAUACAUUUUUGACAUAAAAACGUGCAUUUAAAACAAAGAUGGUUCAGGUUUAUCAAAACAAUUUGCUGAUUAAAUUAAGAAGAAAAUAUGUAUCGAAAUAUAUUUAUCCUAAAAUACGCACAAAGGCUGUGCUGAGUAAAUGUGCCCUUGGCAACAAAUCAGCAGUACAACAAUUAGACCAAAAAACUAGUUUUUUUUUUUAAAAAACAUCAAAUAAUAAAACGGUGUUGCACUUUGAAAUGUAUGAUCACAAACUUUGAUAAUAUAAUAUAAAUGUAUUAUCCUCUGCCAGCCUAAAAACAAAAUGGAUAAACCACCUUCUUCCUUUCGUCUCCAUCUAUGUGAUGUUUUCAAACGAUUAUUUGCAUCAGGCUGAAAACACACACUUGUUGUUUUUAGCCGUACAAUCAACACGCCGACACACAACUUUCUACAGAGGCCAUGUGGACUUGUGAUAGCUCUGUUAACACCCGAUCAGUGUGAAUGACAUUUGGGGGUCCUCAUCUGAAAAGAAAAAAAAAAAAAAAAUCCCACCUCGCUCUCUCGCACCCCGGGGACCUUCUUCUCACCCAUCCCGACCAAAUGAUCUUCAUUUAACCUUUAAUUAGUUUCCACACACCGCCCACCGGCGCUGUCGGGGGGCAGGAGGAGGGAGGUGGAGGGAGAUGGAGGCAUCCACACUCUUUCAUGUCCGUCUGUUUAUUCAGAGGCUCAGGCGCAGCUGAUAGAGAGAUUCUCACACUCUGCUCCCUGAUUAGGAUUCGCUCGUUUUGCAUUUCUAAUCUGCGACACCUUCGGUCUGAUCGGAGGUUUUACGCAUCCACCCAGGUUAAUUAACAAGAAUGUGAACGUUAAUUAGGGAGAAUGCCCACACGGUUCGGGCCUAUGGAGCUGACGUGACACAAAUACAACAGAAUAUACACGUAUACGAGGCAGUCGGGGUAAUUUUACCAGGAGCUUUAUUUUGGAUCAUUUUAACUUUUACGCACUUUUCUGCCGUUUUGGUGUUUCGGAGACGGAGAGGAAGAAGCCUUAACGGCUUGCACCAAAAAAAAAAACUUUAUGUACUCAUUUUUAAAAUUGACCAAUAAGAGGUUAUUUUCUCACUCGCAAUAUAAUGUAUAAAUUAAAAAUAAUAAAUGUUUGGCAGUUUGGGUCUUUACCUGAAUUUUUCGGUAUUUCAGGCACACCCUUCGCAUUUUAAUAACUCCGCGCUGAGGGGAGAGGGUGAGGAGCGUGAGGAGAGUGAGGAGGAGGAGGAGGGUGUAGUAACUUUUGUCGCCAUGCAGCUUUUCCACAGGUUCACUCCUCCAAUUGGAUGUUGGAGCACACAUUCGGGGAGGAGCAGCCCGAGCAGCCAAAAGGGAGGAAAAAAUGUGAAGGGUAAUUCCUCGCUGUGUAGACUCAGCCUUCCUUUCAGCCUCCUCAGUCUCCCAAAUGUUCACUGCAGCAGCGCGCGUUCUCUCCGGUUCACCGUGGCCAGCUGUGCCUUAAAAAAAAAAAAAGGACUUCCAGACAGAAGAGGGACAGUUACAGAACCGGAGCACACGCUGAAGUUGUGAGAGUUUGUAGGGGGGAAGUAGUUUGGGGAGGUUUUACGCAUUGCGCAGGAUGCAGGCGCGCUACUCCGUCUCCAGCCCCAACUCUUUGGGAGUUGUGCCGUACAUCAGCAGCGACCAGAGCUACUACCGGGCCGGCGGUGGAUACACCGGGAUGCCUGCGCCCAUGAGCAUGUACUCCCAUGCGGCCCACGACCAGUACCCGGCCAGCAUGGCCCGCGCGUACGGACCGUACACCCCUCAGCACCAGCCGAAGGACAUGGUGAAACCCCCCUACAGCUACAUCGCUCUCAUCACCAUGGCCAUCCAGAACUCGCCGGAGAAGAAGAUCACCCUGAACGGGAUUUAUCAGUUUAUCAUGGAGAGGUUCCCCUUCUACCGGGACAACAAGCAGGGCUGGCAGAACAGCAUCAGGCACAAUCUGUCGCUCAACGAGUGUUUUGUCAAAGUGCCCCGGGACGAUAAGAAGCCGGGUAAGGGCAGCUACUGGACCCUGGACCCGGACUCCUACAACAUGUUCGAGAACGGCAGCUUUCUACGGCGCCGGAGGAGGUUCAAAAAGAAGGACGUGCUGAAGGACAAGGAUGAUCGGGACAGACAGGGGAAAGACCCCUCUGCCCGCACCCCGGGCCAGGAGCAGGACCCGCCGGGGCAGGGCUCUCAGCCGGUGCGGAUCCAGGAUAUAAAGACAGAGAACGGGACCACAACGCCGCCGCAGGCCGCGUCCCCGGCCCUGAGCGCCGUGGCCAAGAUCGAGAGCCCCGACAGCAGCAGCAGCAUGUCAACAGGCAGCCCGCACAGCGUGCCGUCCACCCGGUCACUCAGCAUGGACGGACCCGAGCACCACCACCACGGCCAGGCCCAGGCGCAGGGCUUCAGCGUGGAUAACAUAAUGACCACCCUGCGGGGGUCUCCGCAGGCCGAGCUGUCCCCGCCGCUCAUCGCCUCCUCCCGGACAGGUAUCACUCCCUCGCUGUCGCUCAACUACUCCCCCAACCAGACGCCCGCGUACAGCUCGCCGACCUGCAACCAGAACGUCGUCUCCACGAACUCCAACGCGACCUAUCACUGCAACAUGCAAGCCAUGAGCCUGUACGCGGGGGACAGAUCAUCCGGCGGCCACCUGGCGCCCUCCACCACGGUGGAGGAGGCUCUGCCCGACUAUUGCAUCACCACGACCACCGCGUCCCCGCUCGGACACGGCAACCUGAGCCAGGCGGGCCAGGACGGCCACCACGCGCACCAGGGACGACUCACGUCCUGGUACGGGGACCUGAGCCACCUGAGCCCGGCUUACCCGGCGCAGCAGCAGAACUUCCACUCUGUGCGGGAGAUGUUCGAGUCCCAGCGGAUCGGGCUGAACGGCUCCCCGGUCAACGGGAAUAAUAGCUGUCAGAUGGCUUUCCCCUCCGGCCAGUCCAUCUACCGCACCUCAGGAGCGUUUGUUUAUGACUGCAGCAAGUUCUGAGCGCCACAGCGUGUCUUUUAAAUUAAUAACUCUAAUAUAUGUUUUCUAUAUUUUUUUUUUUUGUUGUACUUUUCGUCUUUCAUUCACACACCGAAUGGACUCAGAGACUUUUCUGUCGAGGCGUGUGUAACACCACAAACACGUAAGUGUCUUCCCUCUCACUUUGACAACUGUUUAUAAAGAUGGCGCGAAUACCAGCAGCUUUCAUGACUAUAGACUGUAAAUUAUAGCCUAAUAUAGUAAUUUAUUUUUUAGGAAAAGGGAGUGGAUGGAUACUGAGGACCAAACUCUUAAAAAAAAGUUUUUUCCAGUUUUUCCUUAUCGCUGCCUUUAUUUGUCCCAGUUCUUGUAUAGAAACAGAGGGGGGACUUUGUAGUCUGUACUGACUUAUUUUAUUCCUUUUGUCUAAUUUGUUUUAAAAAAAAAAAAAAAACUAUUUUGAAGGCAUUACAUUUUGUUUGUUUAAUAAAGUGCCGUCUAUUUGAUUUAAACCUGAGUGAUUUAUUAGC